GGACCGGCAGCCCUCAGCCCUUCGACCCCGGCCCGGCGGGGUGCCUUCGCCGUGGGGCAAUCCUGUGGGGCCGAGGCGCCCGCCGCUCGGUUCGAUGCUCGGUCGGAGCUGUUGGAGCGGCCCUCGAGGUUUGUUUUCAACAGCAUCAGUUCCCUGUUUCCACUUCUGCAAACUCUAGUACUGGAGCUGUGGGUGGGGGAGACGGCACAGAGGGGCUGUGCUGUUGCUAAAAGGAAGUGACACGGAUCCGGUGCAUACUGCCCAUGGGGCUGUGAGCUGGCUCCUUCUGGAAGUGGUCCUGCCUGCCUCACCCUCACCUGGGUCCAUCACCCAUCAGAGGUGAAGAUUGUGCACUCAGCAGCUCUUCCCUUGGCGUUCCCUCCAAAUGCAUAAGUGAUGCCUGCAUAAGAGAGAGGCCACUGAUAACUUGGUACAGCCCAUAGGUUCAUAUCUCUUCCUGUAUCCAUGGAGUCAAGGUUAUAGCUCCAAGUGAAGAACUCUGCAAGAGGAGUUUUUAGAGAAGUGCUACUGUGGACCUGAGAAAAAAACGACAUCAACAUCUGAGAAAUGAAUAAAUUACGGCAGAGCUUUAGGAGAAAGAAAGAUGUCUAUGUGCCGGAGGCCAGUAGGCCUCAUCAGUGGCAGACCGAUGAAGAAGGCGUUCGUACUGGCAAGUGCAGCUUCCCUGUUAAGUACUUGGGACACGUGGAAGUGGAUGAAUCCAGAGGAAUGCAUAUCUGUGAAGAUGCUGUGAAGAGACUGAAAUCUCUACCUUCAGUAAUAGCGCUCGACUUGUCCCCCCUGUUCCUCCAGGAAAGGAAGUUCUUCAAAGGCUUCUUUGGAAAAACUGGGAAGAAGGCGGUUAAAGCGGUCCUGUGGGUAUCGGCGGAUGGACUCCGAGUUGUAGAUGAGAAAACAAAGGAUCUUAUAGUUGAUCAGACAAUAGAGAAGGUUUCUUUCUGCGCGCCAGACAGGAACUUUGACCGCGCGUUCUCAUACAUCUGCCGCGAUGGCACCACCAGGCGCUGGAUAUGCCACUGCUUCAUGGCUGUGAAGGACACGGGGGAACGGUUGAGUCAUGCCGUGGGCUGUGCGUUCGCAGCGUGCCUGGAGCGAAAGCAGAAGCGAGAGAAGGAGUGUGGAGUCACUGCCACUUUUGAUGCCAGCAGAACCACAUUCACUAGAGAGGGGUCAUUCAGGGUCACUACAGCUACUGAACAAGCAGAAAGAGAGGAAGUUAUGAGACAGAUGCCGGAUGCUAAAGCUGAAACAGAAGUGAAGACAGCAGCACCAGGUGCUGCCCCAACUACUACUGCCCCCUCUCCUGGCUCACCAGCUUCUCCUACUGCUGAAGUCGCUGCCUCUGUGGAGAAGGAAAUGAGCAACCCCCACGCUAUCCCACGGAGGCACGCCCCUAUAGAACAGCUUGCCAGGCAAGGCUCUUUCAGGGGCUUCCCCGCCCUUAGUCAAAAGAUGUCUCCUUUUAAGCGCCAGCUGUCCUUGCGAAUAAAUGAACUGCCUUCAACAGUGCAAAGGAAGACAGAUUUCCCCAUGAAAAACUCAGUCCCAGAGGUGGAAGGGGAAGUGGACAGCAUUAGUGCCCUGUGCUCGCAGAUCACCAGUGCGUUCAGCAUGCCGUCGGAGGACCCUUUCUCUUCAGCACCCAUGACAAAACCUGUGACAGUGGUUGCCCCACAGUCUCCUGCCUUUCAAGUUAAUGGCACUGCCUCAGCCUUCUGUGUGCUUGCUGCUAAACCAUCCCAAGCUGCUGUAGUGUCCACAGCUAUGCCAGUUCGUGAAACCAAUCCCUGGGCUCAUGCUCCUGCUGCUAAUACUGGAGCUGCAGCCAUGGUCUCUGGCACCGAGUGGAACAGCAGCACCCCAGGCACGGCCUCGCCAAGUCUCUUCCAAGGAAAUCACAGACGUACUCCCUCGGAGGCAGACCGCUGGUUGGAAGAGGUCUCCAAGACUGUCCGUGCCCAGCAGCAGCCAGCCCCCGCCGCACAGCCGCCGCUGCAGCCCCCUCCGGCCGCUUCCCAGGCAGCAGCCGCCUACCCCGUGAGCACCUUCAUUGCGCCUCAGCCCGUGCCGGUUGGCGUGGUGCCGCCCAUGCAGCCACCCUUUAUUCCAGCUCAGCCCUACGCCGUAGCAAACGGGAUGACGUACGCGGCAGCCCCGAGCGUACCUGUGGUGGGAAUCACACCUUCCCAGAUGGUAGCCAACGUCUUCGGCACGGCGAGCCACGCUCCGGCUGCCCAUCCGCACCAGUCGCCCAGCCUCGUCAAACAGCAGACGUUCCCUCAGUACGAGGCCGGCAGCGCUACGGCCAGCCCUUUCUUCAACCCGCCCGCGCAGCACAACGGCUCUGCGGCUUUCAAUGGCGUUGACGGUGGCAAAUGGGCUGCAGAGGACAAGCACCCCCAGCCUCCGGCGGCCGCCCCGCAGGUAGACCCGUUCGAAGCACAGUGGGCAGCACUGGAGAGCAAGGCAAAGCAGCGCACGAAUCCCUCCCCGACCAACCCCUUCUCGAGUGAUUUACAGAAGACAUUUGAGAUUGAACUUUAAGCGGCCCUGUAGAUAAAGGGAGCAGAGGGGACUGUUUCUCAUCUGUUUGCUUUGAUAAUCCCAAAGGUCCCUUCAAAUGAAAAAUGGGUUAGAAAGAGGGAGCGAUGAUGGGGAGGAUAUAAACGUACGCGGAAUUUCGUGCGCAGUUCUCAAAAUAAACCCUGGAGCCACCUCGGUCUGCAUUCCCUCUUCACUUGGAAAGCUGGAAGUUACACAGCAGAGCUGGGCGCCCGGUCCUGCAGAAGCAUCACGUAUCUCAGAAAGGAUGGCAGACCUCAGACCUGCGACCUUCCGAGGCCCCGUGAGUCCUGGAUGUUCCCCCCCCCAGGGAAAAAGCAGAGUUGGGGUGGGGGAAGUAAGGAGGGAGGUUGUCACCUGUUCAGCAGAAGCUGGCUCUGUGGAAAAAGUUGAGCUUCCGUUUUGAGUAACAAAGUGAAUAUUAUAUGUAAAGACUAAAGUAAAGCCAAAAUCUUUAUUUUUAUGCAUUUAGAAUAUUUUAAAUAGUGGAUAUUAAAAGAUGUAUGAGUUGUAAGUAAUCUUGCCAAAGGUUUAAAAAAAAAAGGGGGGGGGGUGUGAAUGUAAGAAAUUGUACAUAAGAUUGAUUUAUCUCCAAUUCUUAUUGUAAGUAACGUUGGGGGGUGGAAAAGGGGCUCUAGCUUGUUCUUGUAUCUGUUCAUUGUAAGUAGCAUAUUGCAACAACAAUCACAACCAAUAAGUCAUUAUAUUGUAGUUUUAAAUAAUGAAAAUUAAAGAACAGUAUUGUCAUGGUCUGAAAACCAUGGGGAAAAUUAACUGUUUUUUUAUUGGAAUCAAGCUACAUAUUAUAUAUAGUACAUUUUUUUUUUCUUCCAUGUAUUGCUGCAGUUUUCUUGUCUUAAUCUAUUGGUUCUAACACUACUGUGACAAACUUACUGUAACCAUAUCUAACAUCCUGGGGCUGCCUAGGAACCCAUUUUUUGUUUGUCUGUCAAUAGAUCUUAGAGGUUUUUUUAACUUUUGUUUUUAUUUUUUCCACGGAUUUGUGAAACCUUGUGGUAAGGCUGCAGCUGGUCCAGGUUCUGCCUCUGGUGACUUGUGAAAUCCAUCUCAUUUUAACUUUACUUUUAAACUUUGGCCUUACAAGCAAAUGUAAGUUAUAUAUAUUUGUACUGAUGAUUUAUAAUCUGCUUUAACAGAAAUAAAUGUUGGUGGUAGAA